CGGUUCUAAUUUUUGGCAUAAACUAUCAAACAUCAUGUACCAUGGUUCAUAGCGUCGAAAUUUUAAGAGAGCGGCGUAACCUUAUCUUCUUUACAUCGUAGUUGUAUUUACUAUUUACAUUAGUCGCCGCGUAAAUGCGCAAUGUGUGUGAAAUAUUGAUACUUGCUAGUAAGUUGAUACCAUUGUCCAUUGAUAUCAAAAAUUGUAUACAAAAUUGAAAAUACAAUUUCUUAUUGCAUUAUUACAUUAAUUUAUGAUAGAAUAUAGACUACAGACAAAUUACAUAAGUACUUUUUUUGAAUACAAUGUUGAAUUUAAAAGAAUAUGGUAGCAGUAGUGAUGAAGAAGGUAUAACGAAAGACGAAACACCUCUAGAAACACCUUUUAAUAAUGAAAUAAGUGUUCAUGAAUUAAGUGCAAAGUUUGCAGUAAAUGCAGCUCCAAAUGUUUUGCCACCAGCACAUGAUACAUCGGUUCAGUAUCUUGAUGUUGGAACUAAAGAAAUAUCACGGAAUAUGAAGUAUGAAGAGCUUUUUACACCAGUCGCUGGACCAGAAAAUCCUUUCUUAACACAACAACAAAAAGCGCCUAAGAACAUGAUGACUGGAUUUGUUGAGAAAGCACAUAUUAGUGAUUUCAUGUUUGAAACUCAAAGAAGAACAUUUCAUAGUUUUGGUUUGUUAAAAAUAGAUUAAAGGCUAGAAUUAUUUUUAA